AUGACUCGGUACGGGGGCCUGGGCCGGACGCGCCCCAAGAAGCUCACUUCCAAGGCCUCCAUUCCCAUCGUUCGUGAGGAGGAAAUUGAUGUCUUAGACGAGGACAUCCAAAACCACCAACAGAUAGAGACUGGUGUCGAAAAAGCUGAGGAAUCGGAAUUUCACUUGCAAGUCGCAAUCAAUCUGACUGCGCAGGGCAAAGUCAACGACGCGCAUAUUCCUACCCCCGAAACCAUCCUCAGUAACCUACGAUAUGACGAACUCUACCCGCCGCUCUUUUCGCAACCAGCGACAUACAUCCGCUCCUCGGCUACGGUCGAGGAUUGCUGUGGAUGCCCGUAUAACAUGACAGAGGAAGAUGAUGUUUUCCUCAAAAUCUUCAACCAGAAGAAUGGCGCGUCAACGCCUUGCUCCGAGGAUAAUUUCGAAGCCACCAUGAACUUUUUUGAGGAGACGGCGCAGGCCAAGCAACCCUUUGCAGCGGUUGAUAACCCACCGGUCCUGACCUUCGCGGAGAUGGAGGAGUCUAUGGACUCUACCGUAGAGGAAGCUGUAAAGCACUUCGCCAAACACAUUUAUCCCCAUUGGAAGUCCCGUCGGACCGCGGCGAACAACAAUUCGCUGGAACCCAGCCUCAAGUUCGAAACCGGUCAAGACACCGACGAUAGUGAUCCAUACGUCUGUUUCCGCCGACGUGAAGUGCGCCAGAUCCGUAAAACUCGUGGCCGCGAUGCCCAGAGUGUUGAGAAGCUGCGCCGAUUGCGGAAAGAGCUUGAAGAUGCUCGGCAGGUUGUCGCAUUGGUGCGUCAACGCGAAGUGGCCCGAAAGGAGAUGCUGUCAAUGGAGCGGACUCUCUUCUUGCAGCGAGCCGAGGUCAGGGAGAUGAAGCGCAAGUUGAACAUAAAGGACGACGACGAGGAUCUUAUCAACCAGAAGCCAAAGAAGAAGCAACUGGAGAUCCCUCCUGGUCAACGUCCAAAUAUACCUCAACUCCGCUUGCCGCUCAAGGCAGGCAUGUCAGGCGCAGAGGACCUGCAAUUGCUGGAAGAUGUUCAGGCCGAGAAGGAGAACGAAAUCUUGCGCGAUAUCAAGGCGAACAUCACCAAGCAUAUCAAGUGGAACGAGGGUUAUGUAGAUCAUACCCGAGCACCACUUUCUCCACCUCCCGAGAGGACGUUCGAUGUUGCUGCAUUCCGACCUGCCUUCACCGCACAAUUACCCACACCACCAUCAUCAGAGUCAUCUGGCGAUAUGGACACAAUAGAUGUCACCAGCCCUCUGUUCUCUCGAGACAAAAUUGCUUCGCGGGCCCUCGAAAUGCACGAGGAGCCGCAUCGAAUGCCUUCAUUCCGUAGACGUGUCGGACGAGGUGGUCGGCUGAUGAUCGACCGCCGGAACUUCGCAGCGCGCUGUAAGAUUGAAAUGGAUCCCAUCAAAACCGAUCGUUUCAAGUUCGACCAAGAAGACUCCGACGAGGAGCCCGUCUAUGAGACAGACGGGUAUAGCAUCCAGAUCAUGCAGCACCGAGCCAUCACCAUGGCGAAAGCCCGUGAACAGGCCGCAGUGGCUGCCCAGGCUCAUGCGCAGGCGCAAGCUCAGGCAGUCCAGGCCCAGGCCCAACAACGGCGAUUGCAAGGCGACCAACCUGGGAACCCGGGAGCACCUCCUGCGCCUAGUGUUGUAGCUGCUUCGUCGGAGGCCUGA